CCUACUUUUCUCUGUCUGUCAUAGUAACAUUCGUGAAUUGCGUUUCGAAAACAAAAUGGCAUUGAAGGCGCUUGUUGGCAUGAAGAUCAUGAGUGAUGUCAUCAAGAUGGUGAGAAAGAAAGGCGAAUGGAAAGUGCUGGUGGUGGAUCAGUUGGGUAUGAGGAUGAUAUCUGCUUGCUGUAAGAUGCAUGAGAUAGCAGCGGAAGGAAUAACAAUUGUUGAAGACCUUUUCAAAAAACGAGAACCUUUACCGGAUAUGGAAGCAAUAUAUUUGAUCACACCAACUGAUAAGUCUGUUCGUGCUUUGAUGAGUGAUUUCCAGACACCAAGUAGACACAUGUAUCGCUGUGCACAUGUGUUUUUUACUGAAGCAUGCCCUGAUGAACUGUUCAAUGAACUGUGUAAAUCAUCUUGUGCUAAAGUAAUUAAAACUUUGAAGGAAAUCAACAUUGCAUUCUUACCAUAUGAAUCACAAGUGUUCUCUUUGGAUACUCCCGAAACUUUUCAAUAUUACUACAACCCUGCAAGGGCUACUCUUCGCUCUGCUAAGUUGGAGAGAAUUGCCGAGCAAGUGGCAACGUUAUGUGCUACAUUGGGAGAGUAUCCUUCAGUCCGAUACAGAAGGUACUUAAGUUACACAUUUUCAAGUUUCCAGAUUUUAUAAAGCUGGUAUUACAGAAUUUUAUGUAAUUUUCCUAACACAGUUUUUUUUUUUCUUAAAUUGUAGUGUUCAUCUGUUUUCCAGGUAAUUUUGUACUUAAAGGAAUAAUUCUCUUAAGUAAUCCAAAUAUAUGCUACACAGGUAUAAAUUAUGACAUAGGUUUUUAAUUAUCUUUUCACACACACAUAUGUUACUUUUUUUUUAUCAGAGUUAAGAGCGUAUGUGUUGAGUAGUUGUCACGAGUUAAGCCUUCAUUGACAAAAUUAUAAAAACAUACACAUAGCUAUUCUUGUCUACUAAUAAAUGUUUAUUUUUUUUGUAAUCUGUGUACGUAAAACGUAGGACUGUUAUAUAGGUACACAUGUUAUGACUUAAGAUUAUAUUUGAUGCAUAUGCAAAACAUAAUGCUACAUCAAUGUACCAGUAUUUUAUCACAUUGAACAUAGAAAGGGUUAAAUGCUCUACAGUUUAA